AAAUUGAGGUAAUUCUAGAAAGUUAUAGAAAAGAAAAAAACAUAAAUUUCUACAGUGAUGGAGAAAAUUUCAUUGAAAUCCGCUUUCAUGGUGCUUUUAGUCUUUACUGUGAUGAUAUCAAUAACAAUUCAGAUUGUUGAGGCGAAACGUAUGUUACAUGAAGAAACUUCUCCCUUCCAUCAUAAAGCUUCACUGGCACCGGUUAAAAAAUUAGCACUUGGCUUUUGUAAGCCACCAUGCAAAGAAUUAUGUUUUGGAACAAGUUGUCAGUGUGUAUGUUCUCCUGUUCCAAAAUUAUAAAUUACGAUCUAAAAAAAUUAUUUUCCCUGAUAAGAGAGAUUAGAUAUAUAUUGUUUGACAAGUGAGUUACUUAAUUUUAUGUAAUAAUUAUGUAAAUCAAAUAAAAAAUAUUCAUUCUUAAAAUUUUGC